AUGGCGGUCACCCUGGUGGCCACCCUGGAGGCCGCAGCAAUGGAGGACGCGAUGGUGGCAACAACGGCAACAGUGGCAAUGGAGGCCGUGGUGGCGGCAAUGGCGGCCGCGGUGGCGACGGCAAUGGCGGCAGCAACCAUGGCAAUGGAGGUCGUGGCAAUGGAGGCCGCAACCAAGGGCGCGGUGGCCACUCCGGUGGCACUGGUGGAUCGCGCCCGCCGCUUCGACCACGCUUACGGCGGCGAGGAGGAGCACCACUUCGCCAACCAUGCCUCCACCUCCUACCAGAUGGAUCCCUCCUGGUACAUGGAAUCGCGAGCGACCAACCACAUCACCAGAGACCUAGAGCGUCUCCACACGCGCGAUGGCUACAACGGCAAUGAUUGCGUGCAGGAUCUCCAGCAGCUGGCGUCCCUGGUGAUCACGUCGAUCACAUAUCCUAGCCUCCCCAUGCUGGGCUGUCUGCGGACAGUGGUGCUUGUUCCACCUGCUCCUGAUCGUGAGCAUCGGAUGCAAACGCGUCUUCUUGCUGGUAAAACAGUGCCCAAACAGAGGACAGAUGGUGGAGUCACCUAUUCUGCUGCUCGUGUGAUGGACGGCGAGCCUUCGUCAGUUCGUGCUGCUUUGCAGACUCCAGCGUGGAAGGCUACCAUGGAUGAAGAAUAUUCGGCAUUACAGCGCAAUCAGACCUGGCGCUUGGUACCUGCCAGGCGCGGCCUCAACAUCAUUGAUAGUCGGUGGGUCUACAAGGUCAAACACAAACCUGAUGGCUUCGUUGAUCGGUUAAAGGCGCGUCUCAUCGCCAAGAGGUUUAAACAACAUCACGGCAUUGACUACGAUGACACAUACAACCUUGUGAUCAAGCCCACUACCAUCCGUGUGGUUUCGGCACUUGCAUUCUUCCGAGGGCAGCACACCCUCGCCUCAGACCGUACUUGGCUCGCCUCGUACCAAUUCCGCGGCGCCGCUCAGACGUGGUAUUACUCCCUCGAGCAGGAUGAGGGCAGCAUGCCCCCAUGGGACCGCUUCCGCGAGCUCUGCCUUCUACGCUUCGGUCCCCUGAUUCGCGGCAGUCGCUUGGCGGAACUCGGGUGCUUGGCCUUCACCACCAUGGUGCAGGACUUCGCCGACCGCUUCCAGGCCCUCGCAUGCCAUGCGCCCGAGGUGACGGGGCAGCAGCACGCUGAGCUCUUCAUUGGCGGCCUCCCCGACCACAUCCGUGUGGAUGUGGAACUCCAGGCCCCGCGGGACCUCCAGACGGCGAUGCACUACGCGCGCGCUUUUGAGCGUCGCACCCAGGCGGUUCAGCAGGUGCCCCCGGCCCGUGGAAGACGCACCACUCCGGCCUCCACCUCCGACCGCGGCCGCCACCCGCCCCACCCCGCCCGGCUCGAACGCCGUCGACUUGGGCUCUGCUUCAACUGCGACGACCCCUACACGCCCGGCCACGUGUGCCCACGUCUCUUCUACCUGGAGACUGUCGACGCAGACGAGGCAGACGCGACACCCGAGACAGCCGCCGCGACGGUCGAGCCGGCCGAGUCAACCCCCGCGGCCGCCACGGCCUUCGUUGUCUCCCUGCACACGCUCGUCGGCAUUCGCCACGAGCGCACGAUGCUGCUGCCGGUCACGAUCCAUGGCGAGACCCUGGUGGCGUUGUUGGACACGGGCUCCACACAUAACUUCCUGCCCGCCGCCACUAUGCGCCGCCUCGAGCUCCAGCCGAUGGACGGGGAUCACCUACGCGUGACCGUGGCCAACGGUGACCGCCUUCACUGCCAUGGGUUGGCCCAGCACGUGCCCCUCACCAUCGACGACGAGCACUUCACCAUCACGUGCGCCGACAUCAAUUUGGGCUGCUUCGACUUCAUCCUUGGCGUCGACUUUCUGCGGACGCUCGGUCCCAUCCUUUGGGACUUCGACGCCCUGACGAUGACGUUCUGGCGCCAGGGCCGCCGCAUCCGUUGGGAGGGCCUCGGGGGCGCCGCUCCAGCCCCUCAGCUUCAGCUCGUCUCCGGGCACGAUGACGCCGAGCACCCCCUACUGACCCACCUCCUGCAGCAGCACGGCGACAUCUUCGAGGAGUCGCAGGCCCUGCCGCCCCCAAGAGCGUGUGACCACCGUAUCCACCUCCUGCCGGGAUCGGCACCAGUGGUAGUGCGACCGUACCGCUACCCGCAGCUGCAGAAGGACGAGCUGGAGCGUCAGUGCGCGCUCAUGCUUGCCGCGAGCAUCAUCAAGAUCUCCACGUCGCCGUUCUCGGCACUGGUGCUGCUUGUGCGCAAGUCGGAUGGCUCGUGGCGCAACGCCCUGACGCUCAAGGACAAGUUCCCGAUCCCGGUGGUCGACGAGCUGUUCGACGAGCUCCACGGGGCGCGGUUCUUCACCAAGAUCGGCCUCAGAUCAGGCUAUCAUCAGGUGCGCAUGCACCCGGAGGACAUCGCCAAGACGGCAUUUCAGACACAUCAUGGCCACUUCGAGUUCGUGACAUCGUGGGCGGAGCACCUGCAGCAUAUCGCAAUCGUCUUCAACGAGCUUCGAGCGCAACGACUUCACCUUAAGUGCUCGAAGUGCUCGUUUGGGACGACCUCGGUGGCCUACCUUGGCCACGUCAUCUCCGCCGACGGGGUGGCGAUGGAUGCAGACAAGGUGGCAGCCGUCGCCGCCUGGCCGACGCCUCACUCCCCGCGCACCCUACGUGGGUUCCUGGGCCUCGCCGGAUACUACCGGAAGUUCAUCCGGGAUUUUGGCCUCAUCGCCUCGCCGCUCACGCGCCUGCUGCGGCACAAUGCCUUCGCUUGGGACAAUGAGGCUACCGCUGCCUUCGAGGCCCUUAAGGGGGCCCUCACGACGGGCCCCGUGCUCCAGAUGCCGGACUUCGACAGGCCGUUCAUCAUCGACUGCGAUGCCUCGGGAGCGGGGUUCGGUGCCGUCCUACACCAGGGCGACGGGCCGCUCGCCUACUUCAGCCGGCCGUUCGCUGCACGUCACCUCAAGCUCGCGGCGUACGAGCAGGAACUCAUUGGCUUGCGGCUGUCGACGGUGCGACAACACCAGUGGAUCAGCAAGCUCUUCGGCUUCGACUUCACGGUGGAGUACCACCCUGGGCGCCUCAACACCGUGGCCGACACCCUGUCUCGCCGCGACGCCGAGCCUGACACUGCCGAGGGCGCCUCGGAGGGGCGGCUGCUAUGCAUCCGCUCGGGACCCUCGUUCGCCCUCUUCGACCUCAUCCGUCAGGCUACCACGACCGUGCUAGAUGCCCAGCUUCUGCGGCAGCAGCUUGACGCGGGUGAGCUGGAUGACCCAUGGCGCUUCGUCGACGGGCUCCUUCUCCAUGGGCGUCGGGUGUUCGUACCCGACCACGAUGACCUCCGUCAUCAGGUGCUGCUGCUGGCACACUCCGCGGGUCAUGAGGGUGUCUAG